AUGAGCCCAGGCACCAUGACAACCACCCAGGUAUAUUUGCUGCCUCUCAACGACGACGGGUCUCCCGAUGUCGACAGACAGUACAUCUACAUUGCUCCCCCGUCCAAUGGCCCUGUUACUCUCAGGUUUGCGAUUGAAGGCACUUCGUCAAUUUGCUGCCAUGGCAGCCUGUGGGUCAAUGUGCCCGACGAGGGCAGCGACUUUCGCCGCGAUAGCUUCAGAGAGUUCAAGCUGACACCCGACUUCAAUCGCACAAUUGAGAUAUCUGUCCAGAUCCACCAACCAGGAGCCUAUGCCUUCUACACCACCUACGCAGAGCUCCCGAGGCUCGAACCUCACAUCUCCAAAGCGGCCUUGCAAGCAUCUCAUCAAUUGAAAAAAACACCCACCUACUACAUAGACGUUGCACCACGCCUGCAUCUAGAUGGGCGUCCACUUCCGUUGCCCGCCCUGUCGGUAUUCUCCGUCAUCAGCAAGUUCAUGGGCAGGUACCCAACCGACUGGGACAGCCAUUUGCGCGGCAUCAGCGAUCGAGGUUACAACAUGAUUCAUUUUGCGCCUCUCCAAGUCCGAGGAUCGUCCAACUCGCCAUACAGUUUGUACGAUCAGCUCGGCUGGGACCCCGACUGCUUUCCCAACGGCGAGAGUGACGUCGAGAAUCUCGUCCAAAGCUUGGAAAAAGACCAUUCUUUGCUAAGUUUGACAGACAUAGUGCUCAACCAUACUGCACACAACACAAAAUGGCUCCAGGAGCACCCAGAAGCUGGCUACAGCCUCUCAACAGCCCCAUGGCUGGAGUCUGCAUACGAGCUCGACUCCAAAUUGCUAGAGCUCAGCUCGAACUUGCAAUCUCUUGGCCUACCAACGGAUCCAGAGUCUCCCAACGAUCUACUGUUGAUAAUGGAGGCCAUUAAGAAGGAGGUGAUUGCGGAAAUUCGUCUGUGGGAAUUCUACGUUCUUGACGUGGAACGAGACGCCGAGGCUGCUGUGGAUGCAUGGGCUGCGACAAAGACGUAUGCCUCUCAAGACGCAGAGGGCAUUCAAGAAGCAGUCGAAGAGCUAAGAGAAUCUGGCCUCGCUCAACGGGCCGCUUUUCUCCGCAAGUUUGGGCUGUUGGGCAAAGAUCGCUUGGGUGAACGAUUUAGGAGAAGGGUCGAUCCCAAUAUAGCGGCAACUCUACUCGCAUUCUCCUUUGGCCGGUAUGAAGGCGAGUCGUCGAACUCUGCAGACAAGGCGGCGGCUCGCUCGAAAAUGGUAGAGAUUCUACAUGCAGUGAAUGUCCCGCUGUACGAAGAGUACGAUGGCGACGUAAAGGAAAUCCUUGAACAGCUAUACAACCGUAUAAAAUAUGUUCGUCUAGAUGAGCACGGCCCCAAACUUGGUCCAAUAAACGACGAGAACCCGCUGAUUGAAACAUACUUUACACGGCUUCCUAGGAAUGAUACGACUUCAAAGCAUGACCCCCGAGAUUUGAUGGUGGUGAACAAUGGCUGGGUAUGGGGCGGCAAUGCCUUGAUAGACAAUGCCGGUCCUGAUUCGCGGGUAUAUCUGCGACGAGAAGUCAUCGUCUGGGGCGACUGCGUCAAGCUUCGAUACGGCUCAAACCCAGACGAUAGCCCUUGGCUUUGGAAGCACAUGACAGACUAUGCUCGUAAAUUGGCAACGUAUUUUGUUGGUCUGCGCAUAGACAAUUGUCAUUCAACUCCUAUACAUGUCGCUGAGCACAUGCUUGACGAAGCACGCCGCGUGCGACCAGAUCUCUACGUCGUUGCUGAACUGUUCAGUGGUUCCGAGGACACCGACUACGUGUUUGUCAAGCGACUCGGACUCAGCUCGCUCAUCCGGGAGGCGAUGCAAGCGUGGAGCACCGCUGAGCUCAGUCGACUGGUUCAUCGUCACGGUGGUCGACCAAUUGGCAGUUUUGAGGUUGACGAAACUGCUCCAGGGAGCCCGACGCCGUCAUCAGGCUCCGAAAGAAAGCGAGAUCUCACUAGAGAAGUCAGGCGGCGAGUCAGGUCUACGCCGGUGCAUGCCCUCUUCAUGGACUGUACUCAUGAUAAUGAAACGCCGGCCCAGAAACGGGACGCUCGCGAUACACUUCCUAAUGCGGCCCUUGUCAGCAUGUGUUCCAGUGCCACAGGCUCUGUCAUGGGAUACGAUGAAGUGUAUCCCAAGCUUGUAGAUCUUGUCAACGAAACUCGGUUGUAUGCGUCGGAGUCGUCCAGAUCCGCCCCCGUCAGAGUAGGUCGUGGAAAGAACGGAAUUGGGGGAGUAAAGAAGCUAUUGAACCAGAUUCAUACCCUAAUGGGCAAAGAUGGCUACGACGAGACGCACAUCCACCAUGAGGAGGAAUACGUUACCGUACACAGGGUUCACCCUGAAUCGAGAAAGGGCUAUUUUUUGAUAGCCCACACCGCAUUUCCUGGCUACGGCACUGGAAAUGGUGCUCCGAGUCCAGUUCAUUUGGCGGGAACCCGAGCUCAGCACUUGGGAAGUUGGACUCUAGAGGUUGAUGCCAGCGCAGAAGCCACCGCAAAAGCAGUUCAUGACAGCCAAUUCCUCGUUGGUCUCCCAAGCCGUGUCAUGGAUGUCUCUGGCGUCGAUAUGGACGUGCACGGCGAGGACACCGUUAUUACGGUGCGGGAAAAGUUCCCUCCAGGGAGCAUCGCACUUUUCGAGACGUGGAUUCCUGCCGCGGAGCAUUCUGCCGGUCUCGACACCUACGUCACGUCAGGCGCAAAAGCAGCUUGGAGCCAGUUGAAUCUCAUUGACCUGAACUUUUUAAUGUACCGAUGCGAGGCUGAAGAGCUUGACUCGAGUGGUGGACGCGACGGUACAUACGACAUCCCAGGACACGGAAAGCUAGUCUACGCCGGACUACAAGGAUGGUGGAGCCUCAUGAAGAGAAUUAUCCGGGAAAAUGACCUCGCUCAUCCUCUAUGUCAAAAUUUGCGCCAGGGCAACUGGUCUCUCGACUACAUCCUUGGCCGCGUUCAGAGGAUGAGUGAGACGGAGGGCAAUGAGCAGCUCGCCGGGCCAGCCACGUGGCUCAAAGAACGCUUUGAUGCAAUCCGAACGAUUCCCAGCUUUCUUCUCCCCCGAUAUUUCGGUUUGGUGCUUCGGACAGCCUACAAUGCCAGCCGUGACAGGGCACUAGAGCUCAUGGGCGAGAACAUCGAGAGGGCGCAGUGGUUCAUCCAAAACCUGGCGCUGGUUAGUGUGCAGCAGACGGGAUACGUCAAGUCCGCGUCGCUAUGGCCUAACAAGGCAGCACCUUGCAUUGCCGCAGGACUGCCUCAUUUCGCUGUCGGAUGGGCGAGAUGUUGGGGGCGCGAUGUCUUCAUUUCCAUCCGUGGCUUGUACCUGGGGACCGGCCGGUUCGACGAGGCCAAGGAGCACAUCAUGGCAUUUGCGAGCGUUUUGAAGCACGGCAUGAUACCCAACCUCCUCAGCAGCGGAGUUACACCACGCUACAACUCCAGAGAUUCCAUCUGGUUCUUCCUGCAGAGCAUCCAAGACUAUAUCCGAUACGCCCCCGAGGGGGCGGGCUUGCUAAAGUCAACGGUCAAGAGACGUUUCUUGCCCUAUGACGACACGUGGUUUUCACACGAAGAUCCCAGGGCCUACUCGAAAGAAAGCACCAUAGAGGACAUCGUUCAGGAUGCGCUCCAAAGACACGCCUUUGGGAUGAAAUUCCGGGAGGCAAAUGCCGGGCCACAGAUUGACGGUCAAAUGACAGACCAAGGUUUCAACCAGGACAUCCACGUCGACUGGGAGACGGGCAUCAUCUUCGGCGGCAACCAGUCCAACUGCGGCACCUGGAUGGACAAGAUGGGAGAAAGCGAGCGCGCCGGCUCCAAGGGCGUGCCCGGGACUCCACGAGACGGCGCUGCCAUCGAGAUCACCGGUCUACUGUACAGCACGUUGGCGUGGCUGUCCGAGCUUCACGGGCGAGGAGAGUACGCCUACGCGUCAGUCAAAAGCGCAGACGGACGGAGCGUCUCGUGGGGGGACUGGGCGGCACGGAUCAAGGCCAAUUUCGAGAGGUGCUACUUCGUCCCCGUCUCGUCGACGGACGAUGCCGGACACGACGUCAACCCGGCCGUCGUCAACCGCCGCGGCAUCUACAAGGACCUCUACAGGUCCGGCAAGGAGUACGAGGACUAUCAGCUCCGCGCCAAUUUCCCCAUCGCCAUGGCCGUCGCCCCGUCUCUGUUCGACCCAGACCACGCGAUGCACGCGUUAUGUCUGGCCGACUCGGUCCUGCGCGGUCCAACCGGCAUGGCCACGCUUGACCCGGCGGACCUCAACUACCGCCCGUACUACCACAACAGCGAGGACAGCGACGACUUCGCCACGAGCAAGGGAAGAAACUACCACCAGGGCCCGGAGUGGCUCUGGCCAACAGGCUUCUUCCUCCGCGCCUUGCUCAAGUUUGACUUGAUGAGGCGCACGACUCCAGAGGGCAGAACCGAGGCCUUCCAGCAGGUCACGAGACGAUUGGCCGGGUGCAAAAGGAUGAUUGAUGAGAGCCCAUGGGCUGGCUUGACCGAGUUGACGCAAAAGAACGGGGAGUAUUGCCCUGAUUCGAGUCCCACGCAGGCAUGGUCAGCAGGCUGUCUGAUUGAUUUGUACAUGGACGGCAGAGAAGAGCAGCGGAAGCAGUAG